UUAACAUUUUCUCUCUCUUUUCUUUCUCUCUCUUCCCGCUUCCAUUGAAGGAACCUUCACUCUUUCUCUCUCCUCUUCUUCAUCCUUAGUCUCUGAAACUCCCACCAUUUUUACACCUUCCAUUUUUCUUCUUUCUCUCUCCUCUUUCUCAACUUCAUCUCUUCAACUGAAGCAGAUUGAGUUUUUUUAAUCAAAAACCCUAAUUAAUUAAUUUAUUACUGAGAAAAUCAAUUUUAUUUUGAUACUCUGAUAUAGUUUAGUUUUUGGAGAUUGAAUUAAGGGAGGAUAAUUUUUGUGCCGGUUUUAUUCAUGUCAUUUUGUUCGCGCACGAGUUCGUUCUCGAUUUGAUUCUGAUUCGAGUGAGAGUAUUCAGUAGAGGUGAUCUUUUUUAAUCAACGAUUUGAUAGUUUAAACGUUGGUUUUUGGUUUUUUACAUUGGUUUUCAGAAUAUUAGAUCGAUAUAUAUUUCAUCAGGAUUUUUGUUUGAAUCUUUUUUGGGAAUUGGAGUUUCAUCAGUUUAAUCAAGUUGUAAGUCCCAAGGAGAUGAUCGGUAAUUGUGUUGACUUCUGCAAAUUGUUUUAGUCUGUGAAAAAUCGAAAAUGGAGGCGGGAAGUUCACAUGUACAGCGUAUGGCAGUAGGAGGCGUUUCAAACGGGCUUUUUCCGCUCCUGGCUCCGGUGCUUCUUAUCUCAAUUGGGUAUAUCGAUCCUGGGAAAUGGGCGUCCUGUAUCGAUACCGGUGCUCGUUUCGGGGUUGAUCUUGUGUGGUUUGCAUUCGCCUUUAACUUAAUGGGAGUUUUGUGUCAUUAUUUAUGUGCUCAUAUUACUGUGAUCAGUGGAAAAAAUCUUGCUCAGAUUUGCAGCGAAGAGUAUGACAAGCUCACAUGUUUUUUUCUGGGAAUUCAAGCAGAGCUGUCUGCCAUUACUUUGGAUCUUACUAUGAUUAUUGGAAUUGCACAUGGGCUCAACAUGAUUUUUGGCUUGGAUUUAUUCACUUGCAUCCUAUUGACUGCGCUGAAUGUUGUGCUAUAUCCACUUUUUUCCACCCUGUUGGAAAGCUCCAAGGUUAAGUUCUUGGUAGUAUGCUUGGCAGGAAUAACAUUUGCUGGCUAUGUGCUUGGCAUGCUACUCAGUCUUCCUGAGUUACCGGCACCUUCGAAUAGUUUGCUAUCGAAGUUGAGCGGUGAGAGUGCCUUUUCUUUAAUGAGUUUACUUGGAGCAAGUGUCAUGCCGCACAAUUUUUAUCUCCAUUCUUCCAUUGUACAGCGAUAUCAAGGGCCAGUCUAUGUGCAGAAGGGUUCAAGAUCUCAGGAUAAUAUUAUCAUUAGCCUCACUGUUUCCAGUGGCAUAUUCUUAGUGAAUUAUGUGCUAAUGAAUUCAGCUGCUAAUGUCUUCUACAGCAAUGGCCUUGGUUUGCUUAGCUAUCCAGACGCAAUGUCUCUUCUAGAUCAGGCAUACAGGAACCCUCUAAUACCCUUUGCCUCAUUUUUGCUUUUGUUUUUGGCCAACCAAAUCAUGGCAUCAAGCUGGGAGUUUUGUGGAGAAGGUGGGGAAACGAUGUUGCACAACUUCUUCAACAUGGAUCUUCCUGAGUGGCUUCAUCGCGCUACAAUCAGAAUUUUUGCUGUUGUGCCUGUACUGUUUUGUUUGUGGCAGUCAGGAGCUGAAGGAAUGUACCAUAUGCUAAUGUGCACCCAGGUCAUGGUGGCUCUUCUGCUCCCACCUUCUAUGAUACCUCUUUUCCGAAUUGCCUCAUCUAGACCUAUUAUGGGUCUGAACAAGCUUUCACCUAUUCUGGAGUUUGUUGUCCUUCUUUCAUUCAUAGGAAUGCUUGGUUUAGAGCUUAUUUUUGUUGUGGAGAUGAUAUUUGGUGAGAGUGAUUGGGUUGGUAAUUUGCGUUGGAGUAUGGGGAUUAAUGCGACAUCUAUGGCUUAUGUUUUUCUCCUUGUCACUGCUUGCAUCUCUCUUAGUUUCAUGCUUUGGCUGGCAGCCACUCCUUUAAAAUCCGCAACUGCUCGAUUGGAAUCUUCGCCUUGGAUCUGGGACAGUCAGCAAGUUUUACCUGAAUCAUAUACAGAGAGGGAGGAAAAUGAUGUUAUUGAAACUAGGUUUCUUGACGAGGAACAUGUUAAUAAGCCAGAAUCUUUGCCGUUGCAGGAGAAUUCCUUCUGUAGUCAUCCAGACAUGCCAACUCCUAAUUACGACAUUAGUCUGCCCGAAACAAUUAUGGAUACUGUUCAGGAGCCUCAUGCAACUGCUGUUGAAGAAAAUUUGGGAGAACAUAUUCCUGUUGUCUCUUCAAAAUGCCAUUCUGAACCAGUGCAAUCAACUGCCUCUGUUGAAUCAGUGCCAAUCUCCAGUGCUGUAACUAAGCCUUCUGAUGAUUCACGUAUGGCAUCUAGUCCUAUGAAAAAUGAACGAGCUAAUCCAGCUGUGAAAAUCUUGAGCAUUGAGGGUGACACAGCACCUGAAAAGGAUGAUGAAGGGGAUACCUGGGAGUCUGAGGAAUCUUCUAAAGAUAUUCCUGGAGUUGGUCCACCAGCCUCAGCAGACGGACCAGGAUCAUUUAGAAGUCUUAGUGGAAAACAUGAUGAUGGCGGGCCUAGUGCUGGUAGUCUUUCAAGAUUGUCAGGGUUGGGUCGUGCUGCAAGACGUCAAUUGGCCGCAGCCCUUGAUGAAUUUUGGGGACAGCUUUAUGAUUUCCAUGGCCAAAUCACACAAGAGGCAAAAUCCAAGAAAUUAGAUAGUGUGUUUGGCUUAAACUCUAAGCCUCACUUGUCGCUAUCAAGUUCUGAUUCUGCUGGAAAAGAGUACGGGAAAGAGUAUGGAAUGCAGUUUCAAUCUUUGGGAGGCAGAGUAUCGGAUAAUCCAAUAAACAUGAAUUUAUAUGAUGCUCAAAAUCAAUUGAAGCUUCAAAAUAAUAUAGAGUCAGCAUAUAGGGCACAUGCAAAUAAAACAUCUGCUGCAUUAUGGUCCAAACAGAUGCAGUAUUUGGACAGCUAUGGGCAGAGUUCUAGUCGUAAUAUGCUUGAUGCUGGUGAAAGACGUUAUCAGAGUUUGCACCUCCCUCCAUCUUCUGAUGUUUCGGAUCAUCAGCCUGCAACUGUACAUGGUUAUCAAUAUGCCUCUUAUCUUAAUCGAUUGGCCAAGGAAAGAUCUGAUUAUGCGGUUGGUACUUAUGCGAAUACACUUCAGAAAUCCCCAUCUUUGGCCCCCAACAAUUAUAGAGAGUCUCUUGCUUUUGCUUUAGGGCAAAAUACAAAUGGAUUUAACUCUGUUCAGUCAUCUAGGAUUCAGAAUCUUGCUGUACAAAGAAAUAGUGCCUUGCAAUCUGACAACCUUCGUUAUGAUCCUUCUUCUGCAGCACUUUCUGAAAGUAACAGCACCAAGAAAUAUCACAGUUUGCCGGACAUUUCUGGACUUUCUGUUCCUCUCCGGAACUUAUAUGCAUCAGAUAGAAGUACAAGAUUUGACAAUCCUAACUCCUCUAUGGGUUUUGGAUCAUCAGUUGGCCGGACUUCUUAUGAUCCAUCCUCACUUUCAAGUACAAGAUUGAGGUCUGUGCCCCCCCUGGCAUUUGAUGAGCUUUCUCCGACUAUGGCAUAUCGAGAUUCUGUGUCAUUGAGAUUAAAUUCAGGGGCUGAUGCAAAUUCUCUUUGGUCUAAACAGCCUUUUGAACAGUUUGGUGUGGCUAAUAAGCUCACUGAUCUUGGAACUCUGGCAGCUGAUAAUGAGCCUUCCAUGAUGACUCCAGAGCCUCCUUCAGCUGCAGAGAUGGAGAGCAAAUUGCUGCAAUCUUUGAGGCAUUGCAUUUUGAAGCUUCUGAAACUGGAAGGAUCUGAGUGGUUAUUUAGGUCAAAUGACGGUGUAGACGAAGAUCUCAUUGAUCGGGUGGCUAUGAGGGAAAGGUUUGUAUAUGAAGUUGAGUCUCAAGAUUUUAAACAAUCACCUCACACAGGUGACCCUCAGUAUCCGUAUUCUGAGAGGAAGUCUGGUGCUACAAUCAGGGGUGAUGACAUUUUUGCGAAUAUGAUUUCUUCAGUCCCACAGUGUGGAGAGGGCUGUGUUUGGAAAGCAGAUCUUGUUGUAAGCUUUGGUGUGUGGUGCAUCCGUCGUAUCCUAGAACUUUCACUCAUGGAAAGCCGGCCUGAACUUUGGGGCAAAUACACUUAUGUUCUAAACCGUCUUCAGGGUGUUGUUGAUGUGGCUUUCUUCAAACCUCGGUCUCCAAUGUCUCCAUGCUUUUGCCUUCAAAUACCAGCCACAUAUCAGAUGAGAUCAAGUCCACCUGUUUCAAAUGGUAUGUUACCCCCGGCAUCCAGACCAGUAAGCAGGGGAAAGGUUACAACUUCAGCAAUGCUUCUAGAAGUAAUCAAGGAUGUUGAGAUCGCAAUUUCAUGUCGGAAGGGCCGGUCUGGCACUGCAGCAGGGGAUGUUGCCUUCCAAGGGAAAGAAAAUCUGGCUUCCGUCUUAAAACGCUACAAACGUCGCCUAUCAAACAAGCCAGUGGGAACGUAUGAUAGCACUCCUGGAUCUCGCAAGCUUUCAGCCUCAGCAGCAUCUUAUGGGUCAUAGCAGGUAAUGGACACAGUCGCUAUUUUCUGAACUGUGAACUGUUCAUUUUUGGAAGCUAGUUCAAUCUUUUGAUCAUAGCGAUGGAGUUGUAACUGGGUUGAUUACCUAUCCAGGUAAACCCCCUUGUGUAUUGGAGAAGUCUUUGGUGGAAAUCUUUUCUUUUGAAUCUCAGUGUAUACAUAGGACCGCAUUGCUAGUUGUUUAAGUUGCCAAAUGAUAGUAAGAUGAAUAGAGGUAGAGAAAUCGGUAUGCCAUAUGUCUGAUAAAUGAUCAGUUGGCUUAUACAUCUAUAUGCAAUUGGUUUAGAUUUUGAUAGCUGAAACUAACAAUGUGCAGCCUUUGCCCCUUGCUCAAUGAUUCAACCUUACAAUGUAAGAUUGGUAGUUGAUACUAUUCGAUACGAGGACUGUAGAGUCGUAGAUCAUUUAUCCUUGAUGGUAGUAUCACUGCUUUCUCUCGAAGCUUGCAGAUUA